UUGGUGUCAAGUGAAAUAUACCGGGGAGAAGACGAGAUCGAUUUUCAGACAAGUAAAAUAAGACAAACUUUGAAACAAUUAGUUCAGAGAAGGUUUAAAAUUGUCCUGUUAAAACCGAUAAACAUGAAGGUAUUCGGUGUAAAAAUUAUAUCACUAUUGUUACAGUUGCUUUUCAUUCAUAAAAUUAUUUGUAAAAAAAUAUCUUUGCCUGAUAUUGAUUUACAUUCUGCUGGUAGAAUCGAUGAUUGCCAAAAAUGUAGGAUAUUAACAGAUUCCUUCAGUCACUGGCUUACAAAAACAUCUCGGGGUAAAUACGAAGGAGGGGACGCUGCCUGGGAAGAAGCUAAGCUAAAGUCGUACGCGCGGAGUGAGAUGAGGCUUGUGGAAAUACAGGAAGGUCUUUGCUCCGAAGUAAAAAAACAUCAAGACCAGUGCUACGCUCUGGCAGAGGAAGCUGAGCAACCUUUAGAAAAGUGGUGGUUCCAUGAGGAACCCGAGUCUGUUGAUCUAUACACAUGGUUGUGCAUUGAAACUCUUCAACACUGCUGCCCUGAAAACCAUUUUGGAGAAUCAUGCACUCCAUGUCUAUUACACAAGAAUAAAAUAUGUGGUGGUCGAGGCAAAUGCACUGGAGAAGGCACACGUAAAGGUAAUGGCACAUGUAUUUGUGAUAAGGAAUUUGCAGGUAGUUUUUGUGAUGAUUGUGCUAAAAAUUACUACAAAGCAAGUGAAGAUUCCUGUCAACAGUGUCAUAAGGCUUGUGCGGGUUGUUCAGGGGAUGGACCGGCAGCUUGCACUGCAUGCAAGAAAGGCUGGGAGUUGCAAUCAGGAACAUGUACAGACAUCAAUGAGUGCUUGACCUCAAGCUCUUGUAAGGCUAACCAAUUCUGUGUGAACCGAGAAGGAUCCUACAGUUGUAAAAAGUGCCAUAAUUCAUGCAAGACAUGUGCAGAUGCUGGCCCCUCUCAAUGCACUUCUUGUGAAUCCAGUAGUGUCCUAUGGGAUGGCAUGUGUGUUGAUGAUAAACAAAGAAGUGACCUUUUACAAAAUGCUCUUAAAAGGUUAGCCCUGUACUGUGGGCUUCUUAUUAUAACAUAUUUUACAUACAGAAAAUCAAGGAUGCUAGCCUCUCUGGUUGUGAUAGUUAUUGCAAUUUACAUUUAUUAUUCUGAAGGUGUUUCAAGAAUUACUUUAAUAGAUUUAUUUUUUAAACUAUAUUUAACCAAUUCACAAAGUGUUUAGUAAAUGUGGCUGUUUUAAUUUUAAGUAGAAUGAAACUAUAAUAAUUUCACA